AUGAUCUUGUGCAGUCACGCAGGAAGUGAAACAGGAAGACGUGGUGGAGCGUCUUCCUGCUGUCUGUCAGUCAGAACGCUCACCAUCAUGGCUCUCAUGCUCGUCCUGAUGCUUGCCGUCCUGCGGGGCACCGCCGCCGUCGUCUCGCAGCUACAUGCGCGCUCCUCCUUCCACCUGAACUCGUCCAGCAGGCCGCUGGUCCAUUUCAGUCUCCCGGAACUCCACAACAUCACAGCGCUGUUGCUAAGCGACGACCACAAUGUCCUGUAUGUGGGGGCGCGUGACACCGUGCUCUCAUUGGAUGUCACUCAGAGUGACAUCAUGGCCCUGAGGAAAAAGGUGCCGUGGCGUCCAUCUGACUCGGACAUUGACAUCUGUCAAAGCAAAGGAAGAAACGUCACGGUGGACUGUGCCAACUUCGUGCACAACUUGCAGCACAUCAACUCCACGCAUGUGUACGCCUGCGGCAGCUUUGCCUUCAGCCCUCGUGAUGUCUUCAUCGAUGCCGACACUUUUGCCGCGAGCCCCCCCCAGACCGCCAAAGGCCGUUGUCCCUUCAGUCCCUUCCAGAGGAGCAGCGCCCUCGCCAUCGACGGUGAGCUCUUCACUGCCACAACAGCUGACUUCAAAGGAACCACGCCUCAGAUUUCUCGCCACUUCAGCAAAGACGGCCGCCCGGACGUCACCCAGGAGCCGUCCGCAAUCUUGCUGGAAGAGCCGAACUUCGUGAGCUCGGCUGCAGACCGCGGCGAGAGGAAAGUCCUGUUCUUCUUCAGCGAAGUUGGGAAGGAGUUCAACUUUGUGGACGAGCUGCAUGUGGCCCGUGUCGCCCGAGUGUGUCAGGACGAUGUUGGCGGUGCGAGGGUUCUGCAAAGGAAGUGGACAUCGCUGGUCAAGACCACCCUGAUCUGUCACCCCCCCUUCAAUGUCCUGCAGGACGUGUUCACCCUACCGCCGCCAGUGGGCGCCGACCCUGCGGAAACGCUCUUCUACGCCAUCUUCACCUCGCAGUGGUCUUGGCGGUCCGAGUCGGCGGUGUGUGCCUUCCAGCUGGCUGCUCUGAGAGCGGCGUUCACUGGCGCCUACAGUAGCUUCCACUCCAAUUCGCAUCAGUGGAGCCCCCUGCUGGGAAAACACUCCUACCUGGGUCAGCUUGCAUGUCUUUCUUUUGCCGUGUGGUGUCAGUGUGGCCUGAAUGCCACCACGGAUGCCAAGUUAGAGGAAGUGAAGCGGUCCUUCUUGACCCGCAGCAGCGUGACGCCGGUCCAGGGAGGUCCGCUGCUGCUUUCGUCUCGGUGGCGUUACAGUCGUGUGGCGGCCAUGAGCGUGAUGGGAGUUGACGGCCGGCGGUCCGACGUCGUCUUCCUCCUGACAGAAUCUGGACUUCUUCACAAAGUGUUUCUGUCCCAUCGGGGUCCCCGGGUCAUUGAGGAGAUUCAGGUCCUCGCCCAACCUCAGCGCGUCAGAGCCUUCCUCCUCUCGCCCACCAAGGGUGUCCUCUACGUGGGCUCGUGGCAGGCUAUCACUGCCGUGCCUGUUGUUCGAUGCUCUGUCUACACGUCGUGCAGCCAGUGUCUUCUGGCCCGAGAUCCUUUCUGUGGGUGGAGCCAAAGCAGGAAGUUGUGUGCACGCUUGGAAGGCACCAACCACCACCGCAUGGUUCAGGUCCUGGAGGACGGCAGCGUGGAGGCGGAAUGUCGUGGUGAAGGCAGCAUCCGCUCCGUCAUAGAUGUGUUUGUGCGUUUCAACGAUGUGGUGAAGCUUCCCUGCCAGAAGACUUCCAAUAUGGCCACACUGACAUGGAGCACCUCAGAAUUCCGGGUCCUCCCAAUGCAGUUCUUCAUCCAGUCAGACGACGGCAGCCUGAACUUCUUGGCGAGCGCAGACACACUUGGGACAUACCACUGCCAGGCGGAGGAAGACGGCUACAAGGAAGUUGUGGCCAGCUACAAUGUCAUACAGAUGGCUCCACCCCGCUCUAUCCGCCCUCGCCCUGAAGAGGAAGACGAGGUCACACGAGGCAAGGGCGACCGGCUAGAAGCUGCGGGCGCUACCCCGCCGUCUCCGUCUGGGAAAGACGCCUUGCUGUGUGAGGGGAGGAGCUACUGCGGCAAGAUGCUAGCCGUUUCCCUCGUGUUAGCGACCUGCACCUGCUUCCUGAUAGUGGCCGGGUUCCUAUUUUGGUUUCGCAGGAAGUCCGGUACUUGGCAGAAACAGCCGGUGGUCGUCGAGGAAGACAAAACCAUCGCUGACUUCCUGUCUGCGGAGGGGCAAGAGGAUGGCAUGGCAGAGCCGAGGAUGGAGCUAAAAGGCCCCAUUUUGAGGGACAACUGAAACUAGCUUUUAAAGUCUUUUAUCUUAGUUUAGCUUAUCUUAGCUUAGCUUAUCUUGUCAUAAUUUGUCUUAGCAAGGUGAUUUGUCAGCAUUGACUAUUAAAGCAACUGCCAAUCGCAUCGCAGUCAAUGUAAACAAACAACAGAUCAGCAAAUAAAUUAUUAAAUCUACUCAAUUAAAUAAAAGACUGUACAGUAUAUACAUGCUAGUAAAUUAUUAAAGAAUAUACAGUACAGUAUAUACAUACAAGUAAAUUAUUAAUAAUAUACAGUACAGUAUGGACAUACUAAUAUAUUAUUAAAUAAGAUACAGUAUAUACAUACUUGUGAAUGAUUAAAUAAAAAAUCAUACAGUAUAUACCUAUGAGUGCAUUUCAAUAAAUUUGAAUAUU